CUGAAGGGGCGUUCUGCGCUCUGCAUCAUGGGGGACAAAAAGGAUUUGGAGAGCGGGGACCCCGUGGUCGAAUGCUCCGGCGUUCGACCAAUGACCGAGCUGCCAACGCUGCCCAAAGCCCUCACCUAUGAGGAGAAGAAGUACCUCCUCGCUGUGGAGCGGGGAGACAUGGCCAAUGUCCGAAGGAUCCUCCAGAAAGCCCACCGUCAGAAGCACGUCGACGUAAACUGCGUGGAUUCCCUCGGCCGAGGAGCAUUAACCCUGGCCAUAGACGGAGAAAACAUGGAGAUGGUGGAACUCCUAGUGGUCAUGGGCGUGGAGACGAAGGAUGCUCUGCUGCAGGCCAUCAAUGCUGAGUUUGUUGAGGCGGUGGAGCUGCUGCUUGAGCAUGAGGAGCUUAUUUAUAAACCUGGUGAACCAUACAGCUGGCAGAAAGUGGAUCCGAACACGGCCAUGUUCACGCCAGACGUGACACCGCUGAUGCUGGCAGCUCACAAGAAUAACUACGAGAUCAUCAAGAUCCUUCUAGACCGUGGAGCCACGCUGCCUGACCCUCACGAUGUCAGAUGUGGUUGUGACGACUGCAUCCGCGAAUCUUCCGAGGACUCCCUCCGGCACUCUCUGGCGCGACUGAAUGCGUACCGAGCCCUGGCCUCUCCAUCUCUCAUCGCUCUUUCUUCCACCGACCCCAUUUUGACUGCUUUCCAGCUGUCAUGGGAGCUCAGGAACUUGGCUUUUGCUGAACAGGAAAGUAAGGCGGAAUACUUGGAGCUCCGUCGUCAAGCGCAGCAGUUCGGCGUGGACCUCUUGGAUCAGUCCCGAAGCUCGCAGGAGCUAGCCAUCAUCCUGAACCACGACCCUGACGAGCCGCCCUUUACGGAGGGCGAGCAUAUGAAGCUGGCUCGUCUGGAGCUGGCCAUAGACUUUAAGCAGAAAAAGUUCGUAGCCCACCCAAACAUCCAGCAGCUCCUAGCGUCACUCUGGUACGAGGGUGUCCCAGGGUUCCGUCGCAAGACCGCCAUGGAAAAGAUCAACAUCAUCUGCCGCGUGGCUAUGCUCUUCCCCUUCUACUGUUCACUGUACAUGGUCGCUCCGAACUGCGCUACUGGCAAGCUGAUGAGGAAACCUUUCAUGAAAUUCUUGAUACAUGCGUCCAGUUACCUGUUCUUUCUGCUGAUUUUGAUCCUGGUAUCACAAAGAGCGGAAGUGCAAGCGAUACAGUUGUUCGGUCCAGAGUGGAUGGUCAAAGAGCUUGAAAAAGAACUGCUGAAGCAGAGAGGAAACGGUCCGACUUACUUGGAACUCGUCGUUGUGGUCUAUGUUCUUGGAUUCAUAUGGGAAGAGACUCACGAGAUCUUCACAGAUGGCAUUCGCGCGUACCUUCGAGACAUGUGGAACUUUAUUGACUUCACUCGCAACUUCCUGUACGUCACCGUGGCCCUGCUCCGGAUAGCCGCAUAUCUGCAACAGAUCACAGAGAUCAAGAGAGACCCGCAGACCAAGUUCAUACCUCGGGAGCAGUGGGACGCUUUUGACCCUCAGUUGAUAGCCGAGGGGCUGUUUGCUGCCGCUAAUAUUUUCAGUGCCCUGAAGUUGGUGCAUUUGUUCUCCAUCAACCCUCACCUGGGGCCGCUGCAGAUCUCACUGGGCCGCAUGGUCAUAGACAUUGUCAAGUUCUUCUUCAUCUAUAGUCUGGUGCUCUUUGCUUUCGCUUGCGGUCUAAACCAGCUCCUCUGGUACUUCGCGGAUCUGGAGAAGAAGAAAUGCUACGUGCUCCCCGGAGGCCUGCCCGACUGGGACAACGCCGGCGACUCCUGUAUGAAAUGGAGGAGCUUCGGGAAUGUCUUCGAAGCUUCCCAAUCCCUCUUCUGGGCGUCGUUCGGCAUGGUGGGGUUAGAAAACUUCGAGCUGGCUGGCAUCAAGAGUUAUACCCGCUUCUGGGGGCUUCUGAUGUUCGGCUCAUACUCCGUGAUUAACGUCAUUGUGCUGCUGAAUCUGCUCAUCGCUAUGAUGUCCAACUCUUAUGCUAUGAUUGACGAACACUCAGAUGUCGAAUGGAAGUUCGCCCGAACUCGUCUCUGGAUGAGCUACUUCGAAGAGAGCGCGACCUUACCUCCCCCCUUCAACAUCUUUCACCCCAAACUGUUGUUGAAAAUGCUGGGAUUGAGGAAGAAGGAUCAACAGGUGAAGGAGAAUUUAAAGGAGAAAGUGGAGAAAGAACACGACGUCCGCUACACUGCGGUAAUGAGAGCUUUAGUCUGGCGAUACGUCUCGGCAAUGCACCGCAAGAUGGACGAUGAACCGGUUACGGAAGAUGAUGUCAAUGAGUUGAAGGGUGACGUGUCGGCUCUUCGAUAUGAACUGCUUGAGGUGUUUGAGAAGAAUGGAAUGGAUGUGUCUUUCACUGACCGAAAAGAAAAGACGGUCCUCGGCAAACGCAUGAAGGUCUGGGAGCGUCGUCUGAUGAAGGACUUCCAUGUGGCCCCAGUAGCUCUGGAAGAAGAGGGAGAGAAACCGCCAGAAGACGGUCUCUCCAGGUUCAGGAGGCUUGCUAAACUCGCUGUAGCGUCCACCAGCACAUCGAAGUGGGAUCAGACGCUGAUGCAAACUGGGAUCUCGUCACAGAUCGGCCGCUGCCGCAGCAGAGAAUCUUUCAAGAACCAGCAGAACCUCCAGCGAGCCAUGGAGGAAGCUAGAAAGCUGGUCAUGAGGUCGCCACUACCAGAAGGCUCGCGUGGCGCCUCGCCCAUCUCAAUGCCAGCCACCCCUGGCCACACCCUGCUGGAACUGAUCAAGGAUAUCUCCGAAGAAGUGGGGCCCACGCCUGAAGGAGGAGCCACGCCGUUAACCAAAUCGCCAUGGAAACCACCAAGCACUGGUGCUUUGCUGGGCGCCGCAAUGAAGAGUCCUUGCCGAGGCAGCUCGCCCAAGCCUCGAACCACGACGCCUCAACCGCUGAACAUGGGAAUAGUAAUAACUCCAAAACCGUCGCCGGCGCCUCCCCAGCGCCCACUCCGCGGGGCCCCAGCCCGGUGCCAAGCAUUUCAGCUAGGCCAGUCAGCCCGGUGCCAGAAGAACAACCUGACACCAGCAGACGAUGGCAAGCCGUCUGAAGACAUUGCUGUCGCUAGACCAGUGGCCCCAGAAAUAAAACCAACAGAAGGCGCUAUACCUCCUCCACCCGCGCCGGUUAAACCUAAGGCUCCACCGGCACCAACAAUGGAGGUGACACCGAGCACGCCGCUAAAGUCCCCCACACCUCCAGCGAAGCCCCCUUCGCCCCCUAAAUCCCCCGCUGCGGUGCCAAAACCCCCUUCGCCCCCCAAGUCCCCAGCUCCGUCGGUCAGGGCCCCGAGCCCGCAGACUUCAGCGCCUCCGCGCUCUCCAACCCCCCCAGCCUCAGCCCCCCGACUGACUUCCACCUCCAGCACGGAGCAACUGAUCCCCCCUCCGUCGCCCGAACCCCUCCGCCCGAAGGUCAAGAUCGAAGAAGUGAAGACCAUCAAGAGACAACAGAAGUAUGGAUGGCUAUAGUGGUUUAGUUUGGUUUGUAUAAGGUUUAUUUAUUUGUCAAGAACGGUUUUAUGUUACACUGCCAUGAAAUGAGAAUAUUUUUUUGGUCAGAAACAGUUUUUAUUAUCCUUCGUCUGCAGUGAUAUAUGAUAUAACUAAAAUAAUUUAUUUAACAUACGAGUAACAUACCUAAUCACUUUCAUGAAAUACAACAAAUUAAAAUUUUUGCAGACUUACAAAACGAAGACGUUUUUCUUUUAAUUAUUGAGAACAAUAUAAGUGUAUUUUUUCCGAUGUCAUUAUACGUAGUAUGAUGAUAGAUAUGUAUAGAAUGUAGUUCUUACAUUCAAUGAAAUAUAAAAAAAAUGUUUAGGCACCUAAAAUACCUUACAACCUAUAAUAGAACACAGCACUCUAAAUCUUAUUUUUAUUUACGAAGCAAAAAGUUGUCUUAUGGGUAGGUUACAAUUUAAAUAUUGUAGGUCAUCGCAACCAACAUUUAUUUGCGUGACUUUGAUCUUUUCAUGAAUGUGAAUAUAUUUACCAAAACAGGUUAAUGCUUCUCGUCGCUUGUGUAUGGAAGUUGUUGACAUCCUGAGCCAAAUAAUCUGUCGAAUCAUUGCUAUGUACUUACCUACUUAUUAACGAAAAUAUUUUACAGGACAUUUUUGAAACUAUAUUUAUAUCUCCCGUAAUUUAUACCUUCUUGCUAAAUAUUUAAAUUAUUUUUGAGCAAAUAUAUGUAAAAAAUUAUGACGUUAUGAUACAUUAUUUAUAAGAGUGUAAUGAACUUUAGCUGUCAUGAAAGGUGACUAAAUAUGGUAACAUGUUGUACGUGGUCCUGUUUUCGUAAAGCUUUGCAACCUGUAAAGUGAAAGAGAUUUCUAUGUGUUACUAAAAUAGUUGAUUUAGAUAAGAAAUCUUACAAUAUACUUAUAAUAGUAUGAUAUUUUAUCUAAUAUAAACUAUAGAUACGGCUCAAAAACAUAGCCGAUAUUUCUUAUUUUUUGAUAUUUCUCAGAAUAGUUGUAUUAUGUUAGACAACCCUUAUCAAAAUUGCUUGUGCUUGCUGUUUUCAAAUUAUUUGCAAUUUUGAAAGUGGAUAUCGUUAAGUAAUUGGAUUACUUUUAAUUUUUAUAAAUAUUGAUUCGGGUCGUAAUUCCAGUGAGUGCUUAGCCAGUAACUUUUAA